AACCCAUUAAGCACUUAAUUUUAUUUUAUUUUAUUUUUGUUAUUUUCGGAACAGCUGAUAUAUCCUAUCUCAGAAAAGAAAGAAAAAAAAAAAAAAAAGGAAGAAACUCCUCAGAGACAAAAGGCGCGUUUCUAUGUCUUCACUGUCCCAAAAAUGUUGGUAAAGCACGCGCCACCCCUCUGGAUAAAACCUCUUGUAUUGCACGGCAUUCUUUCUUCGUUGUCUCCACGCAUUGUGUUUCACCGACUAACUCCGGCCAUCCAACUUCUCAACCCCCACUAUCGCUGGAACUCGUGCCGUACAAUUGCUAUGGCAGCACCCAAAGUCGAUUCAUCGGGCGAGUCAUUGCCGGAACACGCCGCCGGGAAGUGGUACUCAGUACCAGAUCUCUGUCUCCGAGAUCACCGUUUCAUUGCUCCUCUGGAUUACAGAGAUCCUGCUACUUCCUUAAAGAUAUCCAUUUUCGCGCGGGAAGUCGUUGCUGUUGGUAAAGAAGAUCAACCAAUGCCAUACCUCCUGUUUCUGCAAGGUGGAUCGGGUUUUGAAUCCCCGAGACCAAGUGAAGCCAGUGGAUGGAUACUUAAAGCUUGUGAGGAGUUUCGUGUUAUAUUAAUGGAUCAGAGAGGAACAGGAUUAUCAACUCCACUGACAACAUCAUCUAUGCUGCAAUUUAAGUCUGCCUGGGAUUUGGCUGAUUACUUGAAACAUUUUUGUGCUGACAGUAUAGUCAGUGAUGCUGAGUUUAUCUGUGUUCAUCUUGUUCCUGGUUCUGGACCUUGGACGGUUUUGGGCCGGAGCUAUGGAGGUUUUUGUGCCAUCACCUAUUUGAGUUUUGCACCACAAGGAUUGAAACAAGUGCUUCUGACUGGUGGAAUACCUCCAUUUGGGGAUGGAUGAACUGCAGAUACUGUUUAUGGAGCUUGCUUUGAGCAGGUUGCUCGUCAGAAUGAAAAGUACUACAAGAAGUAUCCUCAGGAUAUUGAAGUUGUUCAUGAAGUUGCAAACUAUUUGGCAGAAUCUGAAGGGGGUGGGGUUCCUCUUCCAUCUGGGGACAUCUUGACCCCAAGGGGGCUAUAACUUCUUGGUCUUUCUGGUUUAGGAUCUAGUGCAGGUUUUGAACGCCUUCAUUAUCUGUUUGAGAGGGUCUGGGAUCAUGUAAUAGUCCCAGGAGCACCUAAGAAGAAUAGUUUCUACUUCUUGAAUGCUGUAAGGGUGCUUCAUCUCGGUAGUCUGCUCAACGACUGAGGGCUAAAUAUGAGAACAAGUUUGAUGCAAUCAAGGCUGCAGGUGAAGGACGCCCUGUACUUUUUACAGGGGAGGUAAGACCAUUGUGUUUUAUUGAUUGCAAGUUUGCAACUGCAGCAUUUACAUGCAAGCAUCAGUGUCUGUGUUGACAUAGAUCUGAGAAAGCCAACUAGCCUUGAGGCAAAUUUAUUUAGAUUUCCUUUCACCCUCCAUUGUUCAAAAAUAGAAUAUUGUUCUUCUG